AGAAGGCGCUGGACGCGCGUGGAUCGCCGCUCGCACUCUUGCGCAACAUACUCAUUGCGCUGCUUGCUGAAGGCGAAGGCGAAGACGAGGUGGAUGGUGCGGAAGAGGAAGGACCUGCGCAUCAUAUGCUGCGGGCGUUGGAACUGUCCAUGGGGGUGUUUGCGGGUGCGGCACUGCGGCUGGAGCUUGUGCCCGACGGCGUGUUUGAGCUCCCGGCGCAAGUGCCGGUAGUCAAGGCCGUGACCAAGAGCCAGCCGCUGGCAUCUGCGGCGUCUGCGGCCAAGUCGGCGCUAUUGUCGGCGUUUUCGUUGCCGUCGUCGUCGUCGGCAGCGUCGUCGGCAGCGUCGUCGGCAGCGUCGGCAGCUGCGGGCGGCGGCAGCUGCGGGCGGACCGGAGAGGCUGAACGGCUACCGCGGCAGUAUGUGCUUGAGCCGCAACCGAGCGAGCGCGAGCUGGUCUUUAUGCUCUCGCAAGCCGACGAAGAGCUGAUUGCGGUUGUGGGCUUUGCACGGAGCCUUCCGCCCAACCCGUGCAAGCUGUCGGCACUGAUCGAUGCGCCAGGAGUGGCGAUUGUCGGCUCAAUGACGACGAGUCCACACGAGCUCCUCGAUCCGAGCCGGCCGCCGUCGUCGCCACUGGUGUUUGACCUCCAGUUCCCCGGCAGCACACCGCGCGGCGACCGGACACUGUGGCGGGCGUUUCUGAACUGUAUACAGGAGGCUGGCGCGAGUGCAGGCUCGGUCAUUGACAUGGGCGGCGCAAUGCGUGGGGCCUACAGUGUGCCGCAACCUGCGCGUGCCGAACUAGCGGAGCUGCUGGCGUCUGCACCGAUGGUGGUGGUGCCGGACGGACUUGGAGUGGUCGAAGCAGCGGCGAGCGCGUUUGCUCACGAUGACGUCCAGGCUGUUUUGACGCGGACAUCGCAGGUUUACAGCUCGAUUCUGGCGCCCUUGGCGUACCUGCACGGAGUGAGUGCGCGUAAGCUGCGAAGCGCGGUGUUGCGGGCCGCGACGGCGCGACUUGGUGCGGCACCGCAUGCGUUCCGAGCUUUUUGGACGGCAUACACUGCCGAGGGUGAGGCGAGCGAAGCCGAACGCGAGGCGGUGGAGACUGAAGAGCUUUUGGAGCUACUCUCAGACUGGAUUGUGCGCAUGCACGAGGUGUUUGGCGCCGAUGUAGGCGCGGUGGCAGUGGCGGUGGCGGCGUACCGGCAGAUUGCGGAGCGGCUAGGAAGGGCAUCGGACGAGGUGGCAGCGCAGCUGGGGGCGUACUUGAAGGGCGCAGCAGUGUCACACCACCGUGCGCUGGUGCCUGCGCCCGUGGACGAGAGCAAGAUCCUGCGGGCGGUACACGAGCUUGCAGGUGCACUUCGAUUUGCAGCCGACUACACGGCGUAUGCGUUUGACGAGGUUGUGGCAGAUCCAGUGGCAACGCUUGCGGCGACACACGCGUCGAUGCUCUUGCUCGAUGUUAAUCAGCUGCUUUUUAUCCGGCUGGAGAGCGCGAGAGCGGGCGGCGCCGGGCGGCACUGGGUCAAGGGCGUACUCAAGGUUUAUGCUGGGAUGUGCGAGCUUGCUGACGAGUGGGAGGCACCGAGCGAUGCUUGGUUUGCCGACGUAGGCUACCGAUCUGCGCUUUUUGCGCCGGUGCUCUACGAGUAUGUGGCAUACGCAAGCGCGGCGCUGGGGGAGUACGUAACGACGCUUGUGGAGAACGACUCGUUUGAGGCGCUGGGCGGGGCCAGCGAUGCGCGGUACUCGGUGUCUGCCGCAAACCUGCCUGCGCAGCUGGCGGAUAGCUUUGAGUUUGUGCGGCGGCUGCCGGGCGUACCGCCGACAGUUCUGAUGGCGCUUGGUGUUGCGCUCUCGUCCGCGGUGAAGCGGUACGCCGACGCGCUGCUGGCAUCGUCGCUCGAGGUUGACGAGAGUGAGCUGGUGGUUGUGGAGGCGCCCGGGGUUGCGCCGGCACUGAUCUCGGCGUCGCUCAAGUCAGCCAAAGCGCUGGCAGAUUCAUCGCGUUCGCUAGCCAAGUCUGCGAGCUCUGCCGCCAAGUCUGCAGGGACAGCGGCGAGCUCGUCGGCCAAGGCGGCGUACCGCAAGCUCUCGACCAAGGUCAGAUGGCUGAAGUGGGGCAGCAGCGGCGAGGCCGAGGCCGAGGCUGAGGCCGAGGCCGGCCCGGUAGCGACGGUUGAGGUGGCAUGCGGAGCUGAAGCGACGGGCGAAGCCGAGGAGGCAGCGGGUGAAGCCGAGCCUCCGAGCGAGGACUCGUCGGAGAUGUCGAUACCCCCUGCGGUUCAUGUGUCGGCUGCGGUGGCGUUCAACAACCUGGUGCAUGUGCGCGAGGAGAUGGCGGAUGUGUUUGCGGUGGUGGAGGCGUCUGCAGGCAACGCGUCGGCAGCGGCAGCGGCAGCAGCGCUUGCGCAGGCCGAGGGGGGAGGAGAACGCGGGCUCGCUGCAACUGUGAGUCCAGAAACCGCGGGGUCAGCCAAGUCUGCGUCAUCAGUCAUGUAUCGCGAGGUGCAGCUUGUCGAGCAUCAGCGGCGUGAGACGACACUAUCGCCGUUCUACCCGUCAUGGCUUCCACACGAGCCACCGGCGCUCGCGCUCGGCAACAACCCGUACGUGCGUGCGCGGGUGGAGCACCUCGAGGAGGGCCGGCCGCCGACGAGUGCACCCGGGCGAUGGGAGUGGAGCACGAACUGGAAGGUAGGCGGGUGGGAGCACGGACGGGACUGGGUCGGGCCGUUCGAGUCUGAGAUCAUGGGCGAGGCACUGGUGCGACGACGGGUGUGGCGGCGAACCGAGAUGUUUGUGGCCGAGGUGGCCGGCGUGAGCGCGACUGAGUGGCUGGAAGUCGAGGUGCUCGAAUGCGGCGCGGGAAGUGGUACUACCGAGACCGGAAUGCAUGUUCGGAGCGUGGGCAGCAGCGAUGGAACUCGGGCUGGCAGCGACGCAGGCGAAGCGAGCAGCGAGACCGAGUCGUCGCUUCUGCCGUGGGAGAGUGUGGGCGAGGCCGAAGGCAUGCCAUCGCGCUGCCGGCCUACGACGCAGCUGUCACUAGAGGAGAUGCUUGUGAAUGUGGAAGCGUCGCUCGAGUUCAUCUCGCUCGGCAUCGAGGCGCUGAGCUCGCAGCUCGCAGGUGAGGCGGUGGACCAGGUGCAGCGGCUUGCGAAGCGUGCGUUUGGUGCACAGCCGCUGUCGUCAGGCACCGUGCUCAACGUGCUGGGCAACAUUCUGGAUGCACUCGAGCGGACGCUGUCGGAGCUCGCUGCUGUAGGGCGUGACGGAGUGGUUGGACGGGUGUGCGUGGCCUGGCUUCGGGCCGCGUUUGAAGAGCUGGGGACCAGCACGAGCUCACUUGCUGCAUCGCACGAGUGGCUCCACGAGUCUGUCGAGGUGUUUGGUGAUCGGGUGUCUGGCGGCGAACGCCGGCGUCUGCGAUCGGUGUUUGCGCGGCAUUGUGCGAGCGUGAGCACGUACACGGACGCAGGCGCGCGGGUGAGCAGAGGCGGCGAGCACAGCGACGUGUUUGCGUUUGUUCCCGAGGAUGGAGGUGAGAGUGACGACGACGACGAGGAAGAACGGACGAGCCACAGUCGGCCCGAGUGGGUGGCCGGCUCUGGUAAUGAGUGGUUCUGGCUCGACGGCGAGGUGCUGGGGUCGGGUGCGAUCGCCGAGAUUGUGUCGAUCGGGUACGAGACUGACGGGCACGAGCUGGACAUGUCGCUACUGGACGGCAGCCGUGUGCAGGAAAGGCUUGUGCGGCUCGGGCACUUGGGCGAAGACGCGGCCGGGGCUGACGCGUUUGUCGGUGAGCUCCGUGCGCGCGCCAAGCAACUGUCGCCGAUGUACCGGAUGGCGCUGCGGCGUGGGCGCGGGUACAGUAGCGGCCGACGGGGUGGCGCGGUUCAUUGA